GUGGCACUGCGCCCAUAGGGAGUGUGUAACGGUGAUUUGGGUCGUGGCGACUGCGUGUGUCGCCUGAGUGACUUGAGGCGGGGGAUGAACUGAGAAGAGUUUGUUUCUUUGGGUUGACCUCUUCUGCCUGUAAUCAACUCUCAACAUGGACAGUAAUUGAACAAUAGGCAUGGCGUGCUUUUGUGAAGGACCUCGGUGCCAAACUCUUGAGUAACAAGACCCAUAUGCAGCAGCCCAGAAAUGUUCUAAUUGAUUGUAAACUGUCAAUCUACACUCAUUUUCCCUUGGGCAGGUGUGGUGUUUGCUGCACGAUGCAGGCAGAUCGCCUUGUCAAGAUGGAGUGCUGAUCUAAAAGCACCUCUAUUUACUCCAAUCACUCGACACUAUCAUAGCUUGUUGACAGAUUGCAGGAUUCCUGAAGUGAAAAGAUUGAAGAAUUCCAGGCUCGUCAUUGACUCACAGACCAUACCAGCCCAUCAACAUGGCUUUGCUUUGCUAGCAUGUUAGCAGCCUCCAGUUGAAGAGAAGACAUGAACCCUUUUAUUUGGCGAUAAAAUUUUUUUGUUUUUGGUGUCAGAAUUUUAGAUGUAUAUUUUUAGUCGCUUUGCACAGCAUCUUUUGUAGUCUUUUGCACUGUGCCCAAUUAUAGAACUUCUAAACAGAGUAAAGGAACCAUACCCCCAUAUUCCUUUGAGUAGGUUUGAACUGGCAAAUUGGCACGCCAUGUUCACCAUUCUUUAAGGACUGUGUGGUGUCAGAUGUAAGGCUUAGGUGCAAGACCCAUUAGUAAUAAAGCUGACUUGUUGCAACUGUUUAUAGAUGAGUUGGAAGAAUAGGACUCCCUGUUGAUGUUCAAGGAACCUUUUAAAAGGAGUAGAGCUGCUGGACUCCUGUGAGUUGAUUUUACUGCACUUCUGAUCAAACUAUUUGGACUGAUCAUUGAAUUGUUGGUAACUCCGCCAGAAUUUAACAAGAGCAACCAAUGGAAGCACUGGAAGCAGAUGAUAUAAGUCCUGCUUUGGAGGCCACUGAGGAGUUCUUUCUUUUCAGUGGCAUUGAUGACCAGGUAGGGCGUGAGGAUCUCCCAAAACAGGAAGUGUUUGGCAUCCAGGAGGUCCCAGUGAUCAUUGGACAUGAAGUCCUCAAGGUGAGAGGUGAGAGGUCACACAAGAGAGAUGGCAGCAGUAGUACAGCUCAGAAAAUGAGCAAAUCGGAGUCUGCAAAGCAAAUAGAAGUCGGGAGAAAUGCACCCACCAGCAAAGUGGUUAGAAUGGCCAAUGGGCCGACACAGCAGUGGGCUGCUGGUGCGGACACUGAGGGCUCCUUCAUCUCAUACAGUGUGGCCCAUGCCAGGAAGGGCAAUUUGGCUGAGGAAUGGUUACCCAACAGCCCGAUGCUCUUUCGAUCGCAAUCCGACGUCGUUCCGUCUCGUUGCCAGUCACAAUCUGGUCCAGCGCCAGUCCAUUAUCCGCUAGAUUCAGAGAUAGCUCCCUCCAGUGUCUCUUUCUCAUCCUCGUUUAGCAAAGGUGGAAAUUUUUCAACGGCCACUCAAAGCCAAGGCGAUCCUCAGCCCCCUGGUCGAGAUGUCAUAAAGAAGGGAAGCCUGGCAAGAAGGCAGGAUCAUGCCAGCCCAUGGAAGGAGUGCUAUGUUGAGCUUUGCCCCCGUGAACUCUGCCUUUACAGCGCAGGGACUGGAGACGACUCCCACCUCUGCAAUGUGUACUACCUGAGCCGCUGUCAAAGCAUCACCAUGUCUUCCAGCCAUGGUGACCGUGUCCUGGAGGUCCUCUUUUCCAAUGGUGCUUGGCUGCAACUGCAAGCUCGAUCCCAGCGGGAGGCUGAAGACUGGAGGCAGGACCUCCUGGCACAAAUGCUCACCCUGCACCUGCCGCAGCCAUUGGGCCUGCCAAACGGGACCCACAGCUUGUCACCUCCCAAUUGGCAUCCUGGGACUUGCCAAGUGGAGGCCAUCCAGCCUAGGGCUCGCCACUUGUGCACAGAAGGCACAGUACGGAUCGGAAUACUUCACAUGUUGAUGCCUCAGAACAACUGGAACUCCUACACCUUUGUCCUUAGCCAAAGCCAACUCAAGUGUUUUCAAACCAAUGACUUGCAAGAGGCACCCUUGGCAUCUUACAGGAUUAGUCGAUGCCUCAACAUACAGACAGAAGCGAUAGUGGGGUCUGCUCCCCGCUUUAAGGUGACUUUUCCAGAAGAAGUUCUUAUUCUCAUGGCGGCCACCCAACAGGAGGCCCAAGAAUGGACAGAGGCAAUCAAGGCUGUGAUUAACUCCAGGUGGGUGGCCAAUAGCUCUGAGCGCUUCUCAUCAAGGGAUUUGAAGGAAAAGGGGAUGGACUCCAAUGGUGUGGGCACACAGAGGAAUAAGCGGUACUCGGUAACCAGCAGCUUUCUCAGUCUCCUGACAGUCAUCGCAGUGGAGAAGGGGCUCACGGCUCAGAGCUUCAGGUGUGCAGGAUGUCAGAGACCGGUGGGACUGUCCUAUGGGAAUGCAAAGGUGUGCGCCUACAGUGGCUGGUACUAUUGUCAAGCAUGUCAUGUGGACGAUGUGUUUCUGAUCCCUGCUCGACUGGUUCACAACUGGGACACUGCAAAACACAAGGUUUCAAAACAAGCGAAAGAGUUCCUGGAGUACAUCUCUGAAGAACCGCUCAUUGACAUCCAUCAGGAUAAUCCACAUCUGUAUGAGCAUGUUGAAGUGCUGGCAACUGUCCUCCGCUUGCGCCAGCAGCUCAAAUCACUGAGAGCAUACCUGUUCAGCUGCAGGGCCUCUGUGGCAGAAGAUUUGCGCAGAAGGAUUUUCCCCAGGGAAUACAUUCUACAGCACGUGCACUUGUACUCAUUAGCUGACCUUCAGCAGGUCUUUGAAGGCAAACUUGCCCCAUUCCUCUUGAAGAUCAACAAGUUUGCCAGUACUCAUGUAUACAGCUGCAGCCUGUGCAGCCAGAAAGGCUUCAUCUGUGAGAUCUGCAACAAUGGGCAAAUUAUUUAUCCUUUUGAAGGAACUGCUACCAAAAGGUGUGAGAUUUGCGGGGCUGUGUUCCACGUUGAGUGCAAGUCAAGGAGCGUUCCCUGCCCACGGUGUGUGCACAGGGAGCUGCAGAAGAAGCCGCGGUCUUUCUGGCGCAAAUUGGACUUGGACGACAACUUUGAGCUUUGCAAUGCAUUUGAAUUCUCCUGUCCAAACAGCUGAUGCCCAGGUCAGAUUUAGUUCAGAGUAGAAUUCUCCAACUAAUCUUUCAUGGAUGGAUUAAUAAGGCUGGGUGCAUUGUGAUCCCUGUGUACAGCAACACAAUGAAUUGAAAGGGGAUAUUUUGGCGUUGAACAUAAGCUGGGUGGGGACAAGGUGUUGUAAAGGAAGAAGCAUGGAAUGCGAGAUAUCUUCCCCCUUCUCAUAUAAUGCACAGUAUUAUAAAUAUACCCCUUGUGAGUUUGUUUCCUUGUUUCUAACAUCUCUCUCAGACAGUUGAAAGCUCGAGUGAAAUGAGGGUGGAUUGGUUUCCAGUGGGUGCACAGAAUUCCUUUAAUUUGGCACCAAAUUAACACCCUCAUUCUUUGCUGGUGUGUAAAAUGGUGAGGUCACUUGGCAGUGGUGGGGUUCUUAGCUUGGGGUUAAGAUGCACCACAGGGCUGGAGCAGACAGUGCUUGUACAUUGCAUCUCAUUAUUACCAUACCUGACCCUGGAAGUAUUUGAUGUGGGCACUGAAUGCCAAAGAUAGGUAAAAUAUUCCAAUUCCCAUUGCCAACAUCCCUAACCUUGACACAAGAUUAACCACUUAGCCCAAGACAACAGGAAUGUACACUCAAACUCCCCAAUGUUUUAUUUGGGUUAGUUUUCUUUCUAUCUUCACUAUUCUUCUGAAGAGCUUGAGGUCACCAUCCAAGAUCUAUCACUUACUGACCACCAGUUGACCAUUACUGGGUAAAAGAAAUUGUAUCAGCAGCUUUCCUUUGUGAUUUUAGAAGGGAUCAGAUGCUCCAUCAGUUUGACAGCUGCUUCCUUUUUUUGUUAACUUGAUUUACUCCACAGUAUCUCUCUCUCCUUUCUGUUUCCCCCUCUCCUGGACAUUGGCCAAGCCUCCAGAUUUGGAACCCAUUCUCCCAAACACUGAGCCUUAAAACAUCCGGAGAAAUUUUUUUUUAAAUGUGGGAAAUCGGUGUUGGGGAGUUGAUUAAAAGGGUCGAAGUGAGCAAUUGGAAGGGAGCAUGAAAUUUUUUUUUAAGGCAAAGAAAAGGCUAAGGCCCCAAAAAGCCUGGCCAGGAUUAAGUGUAAAAUCUUGCUCUAACUUCUUUUAAUAAGGCAGAUAAAUUAGGAUAAAGUGUUAAUUUUAAAAAAAUUAAUAAAAUGACCUUGUGCAUAGUUAUAAACGUUGACCACCAUUGCUGCACCUGAAGCCCAUGGAUAAAAGUGUAGAUCCACACAAUUGGCAUUACAGAAGGUGCACAGUGACCGACAGUGAAUCAUAGGCCAUGUACGCUGAGGGAAAACUGGGAUAUAUAGGGUGCAUCUGGGAUGGCAGUUGAUACACAAUCAAGAGUUGGUGAAAGAUCUUUUGGGGAGCAAUGGGAUUUUGAGGAAAUCAGAAGGCAAAGAUGAUGUUUUUCUCACUCGCUCUCUGGAAUUGUAUUUUUUGCACGUUGAGGCCCACUGAUGAGAUCACUUUGAGAAGUUAAUUUUUAUUGUGUUCAAAGUCAAGUUGUAUUGAGUACACAGUGAAUGGGUUUUAAAAGGUUGUUUUUUUUAAGCCUGCUUAGAGUGAAGCAGUUACUGUAAGUCGGAGAUAAGGUUCUGAAUUCAGGUAACAGGAUGCAUUACCUGCACCUACCAUGCUGCAGGUGCAGUCCCACCAACUGGCACAUAUACAAUUUCUGUGUGGGCUAUGUAGCCAAUUUGCGUUAGAACAUAACCCAUGAUCAAUGUACUCUAAGUAAGAUUUCCCAGUGCAACCCUAGGAGAGGGUGUGGAGGGAUUUCACUGAAACAACAGCAGGCCACUCUUCUAACCCUUUCAACAGCAUGUAUCUUGGUUUGUGUUUGAACCUGAAAGCACUCAGUCGCUUUACUGUAUAUGUGUAAAAGAUGUGGUGCCAUGUAUCGGGGGAAGCAAUGUCAUAUUUUGGAAGAGAGAAGCGAGUGGCAUUGCUGCUUCAGCAGUGAAAGGCAGAAGUGAUUGCAAGUUAAGGCUUAAUGGAACAACUGGAAAUGUAACUUUUCUGUACCAUUUCGGUACACCACAUCACGAUGCUGAGUGUCCACUGAAGCCUGUUGGGGGAAUGUCGCCCCUCAUUGACUUAACUGCAGUUACCUGCCUCAGAUUUGGGACACUGUCUCCUCCAGUCAUUUGAAAAAAAUUGUAAUGUCAUUAUUCGCAAUCUAUCUUGUCCUGGCGUGACAGGAUUACACCUCCAAUCAACAGUUCUCCACCAAGGAUUCUACCAUAGAUAUAGAGAAGAUGCACCAGACAUAUGUGAAGAAUUAUCUUUCAUCUAAUACCUGCUGCAACGUUAAAGCUCUCAACUUGAGAUCUGCUGCUUUUAUAAUAUAUUAAUAUAUUUAUGUAUAUACAUCUUAACAGGAGCAAUUAUCCUGAGAUUCAUUUUUGUACAGUUGGAGCCAAUAAAGCUGAUUGGAAAAUAAAGGUAUUUAAUUCUAUCGCA